UUCCCGCAGUGAGGUACCUUCCUCCAGAACCAUCCAGGAGUCCAGGACCCUCACGUCAGACAGGCCCUACCCCAGACUCAGGUCCUCCUCUCACGGCAGAGGAUCAGGGGGCUCUGGGGGGAGGAGGAGGAGUGGCCCAGCCAGCAGCAGACGUAUAUGGAGCAACAGGAGGGUCUUUGAUCAAGCCUCCAGGAAAGUAGACCCCCAGAGAUUUGCAGAGUUCAUGAAGAAGGCUCAAGGUGGUUCAACAACAAAGACGGAGAAAGAAAAAGGAGAUUCAGAGCCUGCGAUGUAUGGGGACGGGGAUGCUGCUUCUGGGGAGGGGCUGUCUCAUGAAGACCGACUCAUUGUUUUACCAAGCAGCGUCAUGCCAACCCCAGAUACUCCAGAUGAAAGUAAGAUGGGUGUAACUGCAAGCAAAGAGAAUUUAAACAAUCAGAAUAAUGUCAUGGCAACCACCGAGAACGGUGAAACCAGUGUCAUGACAACCAUGGAGAUCCCAGAUGACAGUCGGACUAGUUUCACUGUAACAACAGAAAAUACUGACAAAGUGACGACAGUGACGACAGAGUCAUACACCCGGUCAGACGCCACACCCAUCGAGUCCACAUUCACCCACAGCAGCCACAGCACAGGGAGUAUCAGUGAAACUCAGGGUGAGGCCGUCUUUCAAUACAGCCCCAGGGUUAGUGGGUCUAGUGGGUCUAGUGGUGAGUCGUACUCUCUGGAGAGGAACACGACAGUACCUCUGAGGCAACCUGUCACGCUCCUCCUCACCGUGACCAACAUCACAGACGAAACCCAGAUCCUGUUCUCCGGAGAAGCACCUGCAGAACCAGAGACCUCCACCGGGGCGGCGCUAUCACUCCUCACCGACCCCAACGUCACCCCCAUGAUGGACAGUCCCAGAUCACCCCCGAGAGAGCCUGAGAUGCACACAGCCACUGACCCAGACAGCCAGACCACCUUCACUGCGGUCACCACCACCGAGAGAGAGCAGGAUGAGAUCACCUUCCACACCACCCAGAGGAUCAAGUCCCCCCAUCUGCCUGCAGGCUCCACAAUCAUCUCCCGCCAGCAGAUCCACAUCAUCCCCCCUAAGAAGGGCAGAGGAAGAGGAGGAGGAGGAGGGGGCCGGAGGAGGAACUUCCCUGGCAGGAGGAGGUUCAUCAAGCCCAACCGGAUCACAGACAUUCAGUCCAUCCUGAACAAACUCAAACAGCCCAACAUUGUGAAGACACAAGGCAACAACACAGUACCCUACACUACGGAGCUGACCACAGACUGUGACUGUGAUGAGGACGAGAAGAAGACAGGUGGUCAACGGGUCGUCGUACCAACAACAUUGCCUAGAUCUCCCAACGUCCCUAGCUACUCUCUAGGAAGAACAGAGAGACCCAUCUCUACAACAUUGGACACUCCCACCACCACAUACUCAACAGAGGCCCUCACCACCACCACCCAGCCCACCCUCACUCACUCUCAGUCCCCCACCACCACCCAGCCCACCUCCUCUCAGUCCAGAGGUGAGGUAUCCAGCAGCUACAUGACCUCCACUAAAGCCCCAGACUCUGACCCAACACACGAUCCUAUGACGAGCACAACAGAUGAACCAACAACCUCCACCAUCACAACCACAACUGCUUCCAAGGUCGUCCGUGGUAAGAUCAACUGGGGCAGGCUGGUUGGGAACAGGGACAGGCAGAGGGAAAUAGUCAACAGACUACGUAAACCAGCCAGGACCUCAACCACCACAGAGGGCUCAACAACGGUCAAGCCCACCACCACCACCACCACCACCACAACUACAACCACAACUGCACUGCCCACCCAGCGGUCUCUGGCUGAACCUGUGACCGAGUCACCGUCUAGAGCAGGUAAACACAGAGAGACCCCAGAGAGCUCAUCAGACGAUGACUAUGGGGAUUCAUGGCCUGACUCUGAGGCCUCGACCACACCCCAGCCUGCCACUAGCCGUGGAACUACAGCCCCAGCCUAUGACUACAGGUCCUCCACCACCACAGAGUCUUCCCCUGACACCCAGACCAUCGCCUCCCCACCCACAGAAAAACCUGCCCCAAGAGAAGACACAGAUGAGGCCUCGUCCUCUGGGUCUGAAUCUGGAGGGUCAGGGGGGUAUCUAUCCCAUAGAUUUGGGGGAAACCGGAGACCAAAUGGAGGGUCAGGGGGCAGGAGGCCUUUCAGGGGCAGGAGGCCUUUUAAAAAAACCACAACAACUACCGAAGCCCCCAGCACCACCAUGGAAACAACAGAGCCUUCAACCACCAUGGAAACAACAGAGCCUUCAACCACCAUGGAAACAACAGAGCCUUCAACCACCAUGGAAACAACAGAGCCUUCAACCACCAUGGAAACAACAGAGCCUUCAACCACCAUGGAAACAACAGAGCCUUCAACCACCAUGGAAACAACAGAGCCUUCAACCACCAUGGAAACAACAGAGCCUUCAACCACCAUGGAAACAACAGAGCCUUCAACCACCAUGGAAACCACCAUGGAAACCACCAUGGAAACCACCAUGGAGACCACCACAUAUCCUGCACGGACCGUCUCCGUCUCCAAGCCCCUGUACACGCCCUCCAGAGAAUCAGAUAGGUCUGCAGUGACUGUGUCCACUGACAUGACCUCUAAGGGGAAAACCACCACAGACUCCGACUCAUACGAUAAUGAGAACUGGACAGAUGAGAUGGAGUCCACCACUAACCGCCCACGAGCCUACACUUCCACCACCAGGCCCAGAAUAACCUCCAUCACACCUUAUCCAACCACCACCUCAAGGCCUUACAUUACAUCAUCAACCCGCAUCCAGACUAACACCAACUCCAUCAGAGUGAACACUAACAUCAGGCUCCCGUCAGGGAGAUAUAGCCGUUACCAGAUCACACAGAGACCCAUGAUCAGGAGAACCAGGCCCAAGGUGUCCAGCAACAGGGCCAGCAGAGGCCCAGACAAGACCCUGACCUUUGACACACUGACUGUUCUGGAAGCAGAGCAGGGGCACACCAAUGCCCCCUACAGCAGCAAGGACAUAGACAAUGCCAUCUCCAACGCCUAUACUCACAUCACCGGCUAUGAUACGACAACCGCUAACAUUGUGGGCUUUGAGCCGUCCACCAGGGACAUGCCCACCAAGGCCAGGAUAGUGGGAGGCAACGCGGCCAGCUUCACUGUCCUGUCCAACUCAGACGCCUUCCUGCCCUGUGAGGCCGCGGGCAGCCCUGAACCCACCAUCAGCUGGAAACGCUUUUCUUCAAGCACAGGAAGCACAAUGACCAUCAACGGCAAGAUGGGCAAGUUUGAGGUGUUCCAGAACGGCACUCUAUCCAUUCAGAAUGCAAACAUCAAAGACCGUGGCCAGUACCUCUGCCUGGCUGAGAACGAGCGGGGGUCGGACAAGCUCCUGGUCACCCUGUCCGUGGUGGCCUACCCCUCACGCAUCCUGGAGCCCAAGGUACGGGAGAUCAAGUCCCACUCAGGGAAGACAGUGGAGAUGAAGUGCAAGGCGGAGGGCCGCCCCACCCCUCUGGUCUCCUGGAUCCUGGCCAACCGCACCCAAGUCAGGGGCCACAACUCGGGCCCCAGGGUGUCAGUGACCCCAGAGGGCACUCUGCUCAUCAAGGAGGUUUCUGUGUAUGACCGGGGCCACUACAAGUGCAUCGCCAGUAACCCAGCUGGAGCCGACACUGCCACUGUCAGACUGCAGGUGGUGGCAGCACCCCCUGGCAUCCUGGAGACCAAACGACAGCAGGUCCAGGCCGGUGUGGGUCAGAGCUUGUUGUUACCCUGUACCGCUCAGGGCAGCCCCCAGCCCACCGUGCACUGGGUCCUCUACGAUGGAACGGCGGUGCGGCCCCUGAAGCCCUCUGUGGACCCCAGGGUGUCAGUGUUCGCUAACGGGACGCUCCACCUGACCGAUACGGCCACCGCGGACAGCGGGAAGUACGAGUGCAUCACCACCAGCUCUACUGGGUCAGAGCGCAGGGUGGUGACGCUGACGGUGGAGAAGAAGGAGAUGCCUCCUCAGAUCGUGGUGGCGUCACACCGCAGGACGGAGCUGUUGUACGGGGACCAGCUGAGGCUGAACUGCUCGGCCACCGGGGACCCCAAACCCAGGAUCAUCUGGAGACUACCGUCCAAGGCUGUGGUGGACCAGUGGCACAGGAUGGGAAGCCGGAUCCAGGUCCUGGACAACGGCACCCUGGUCAUGGACUCUGUGAGUGACAAGGACGCUGGGGAAUACCUGUGUGUGGCGCGCAGCAAGGUGGGAGACGACCUCCAGCUCAUGAAGGUCACUGUGUCCAUGAAGCCGGCCAAGAUCGAGCCCAAGACGUACGGUAAGAAGCAGGUCCCCUACGGCAACGACCUGAAGGUGGACUGUAAGGCGUCUGGGACACCGGAGCCAGAGAUCUCCUGGGGCCUGCCGGACGGCACCAUGGUCAACAGCGCCCUGCAGUCAGACAGCAGCAGUGGCGGGGGACGCGCACGGCGAUACAUCCUGUUUGACAAUGGCACGCUCUAUCUUAAUCAGGUGGGCAUGGCGGAGGAGGGCGACUACACAUGCUAUGCUGAGAACCAGCUGGGCAAGGACGAAAUGCACGUCCACAUCACCGUGGUGAUGGCAGCGCCACGAAUACGGACGCCCAGCCGGACCUACGCCCAGGUGAAGCCUGGAGGCAACAUCCGCUUCGACUGCGAAGCCACAGGCGAGCCCAAGCCCAAGAUCCUGUGGAUGCUCCCCACUAACGACAUGAUUGCAGCCUCCAACGAGCGCUAUCUGAUGCACGUCAACGGCUCCCUGGACAUCCGGGACGUUAAGCUGGUGGAUGCUGGGGAGUAUGUGUGCAUGGCUCGCAACACCGCUGGGGACGACAGCAAAGUUUACAAGAUGGAUAUCUAUGGCAACCCUCCGGUGAUCAACGGCUACUACCAGAACAGGACCGUGGUGAAAGACACGGCCACCAAGUACUCCAGGAAGUUCAUAGACUGCAAGGCCGCUGGAGACCCGCCUCCCAAGAUCACCUGGAUCAUGCCGGAUAACAUCUUCCUGAACGCUCCGUACUUCGGCAGCAGGAUCAACGUCCAUCACAACGGAACGCUGGAGUUCCGGAACGUCCGUCCAACAGACAUGGCGGAGUUCAUCUGCAUGGCGAGGAACGACGGCGGAGAGGCAGUGAUGGUGGUGCAGCUGGAGGUCACUGACAUGCUUCGAAGGCCCAUCUUCAAGAACCCCUUCAACGAGAGAGUGGUGACCCGUAUGGGGAAGACCACGGUCCUGAACUGUUCUGCAGACGGUCACCCGACACCAGAGAUCAUCUGGCUGCUACCCAACGGAACCCGCUUCAUCGGCGGCCCCGACCGGGGCUCACGCCAACAUCUAGGCAACGACGGAACUUUCGUCAUCUACAACCCCAGCAAGGAGGAUGCUGGGAAGUACCGCUGUGCAGCUAAGAACUCGGCAGGCUACAUUGAGAAGCUGAUAGUUAUGGAGGUGGGCCAGCAGCCCUUAAUCCUCACUAGGCCCAGAGGGAUCAUACGUAGUGUGUCUGGGGACCCUGUGUUCCUCCACUGCCUGGCUGAUGGCAGCCCCAGACCCAGCAUCUACUGGACCAUCCCUGGAGGCCACACCCUGGCCAGGCCGCAGGUCCAUGGACGCCACCAGCUGAUGGAGAAUGGGACCCUGGUGGUCAGGGACACAACCCUCCAUGACCGGGGAAACUAUGUGUGUCGGGCGCGGAACGACGCUGGCGAGGCAGUUCUCACAGUGCCGGUCAUCAUCAUCGCCUACCCUCCCCACAUCACCACGGGACCCCCUCCCACCGUGAGAGCGAUGGCGGCGGCGCCCAUACAGCUCAACUGUGCCGCCAUCGGGAUCCCAAAGCCGGAGAUUACCUGGGAGCUGCCUGACCUCUCUGUGCUCUCCACGGCGGGGAAAGGGCGGCCCACGGGCAGCGAGCUGCUCCACCCUCAGGGCACGCUGAUCAUCCAGAGACCCACCACAGCAGACUCUGGCACCUACAAGUGCCUUGCCAAAAACCACCUGGGCACGGACUCACGGGUCACAUAUUUGCGUGUGCUGUGAGGACCAGCGCUGACUAAAAGGGAAUAUAAAGCCCCUAGAAUAUCAACUCUAAACAGACACAGUAACUUCACAGUGUCUCUUAUAAUGUACAAUGUCAGAAAAGACUGUUUUCCACACGUGGACUUGUGAGGAGCGGGGUUUGUGGAAUAGUUUGACCACAUUACAGCUCACAUCAAUCAGCCAAAUAGCAGAACAGGAUUAUUGAGAGUAGGAGGAGGGAACGGAGGAGGGAACGGAGGAGGGAGCGAGAAGAAAGAGAAACUGUACAGAAGAGGAUCUGUUCUUCGCCAGGAAAGCCGGGACUAGUGAGGUGUUAUUCUUAUUGUAACAGAGUCAGAGGUCUGGAAACCCACGACUGGUUCUCAUUUGAGGUGUUUUUAAAAAGGGGCUAGAGGGUGGGUCUUACAGUGAGCCUACUUGUUGAGUGUUUUGACCAGACGCUUUACCACAGCCUGUGGAGAGAGAGGAAGAGUGAGAAACUUACUCACUAUGUUCCCUCUGGACACUUCCUCAAUGUUUAUUUUUUUGUGGGGGGGUUGGUAAUGACUAAACGUUUCUGCCUAUUUAGCUUUUUAAGAUACGUUUCAUAUUUCUUAUGAACAAAUCUUUAUAUACAGGCAGUAUAUUUUAAUGAAAUCUGCCAAAUAUACAUUUUUCAUAUACAUUUUACACUGGAUUGUCAUAUAGUUUUUCAUAACAAAUUACUCACAUUUCUAUAUGUUCAUAUUUUUGAAUGAGCAUUGCUUGUUUGUGAUGUUGUUGUCUAUCUUCCCCUCUCAUGGUUUGAUAGUGCUUGUAUCAAUACCAAUGCAGGAGUUCGUUUGGUAUUAAUACCGACUCUUAUGGAUGUGAAAUGGUCACUCACACAGUAUUCAAUGGCAUUGUAUGAACUGUCACUCACAGUAAAUACAAUUAUGCAUUAUUGGUUUUAUGUAAUAAUAUAUUUAUGCCUUUUGUAACUGAUAUCUACUUUGUGUAAAUUAAUUGGUACAUAGGUGUAAAUGAAUGGUACCCGGGAGAUGAAAUUAAACCAAAGAUGGAAUGUG